CCUCUUCUCCCUCCCAGUCCCCAAUCCCGUUACUUUUCCCAUCUCAUCUCCCCGCCCGCCUCCGCCCAAAAAUCUAAACCCUAACCCUAACGCCGGCCAUGGCGCUCACUACACGCGGCGGCGGCGCCGGCGGCGGGGAUCCCGCGAAGGCGCCGUCCGCCUCCGACCCCAGCCUCGGCUUCCUCACCAAGCGCGACACCGAGGUCAAGCUGCCCCGCGCCACGCGGGUCAAGAACAAGACCCCCGCGCCGGUCCAGAUCACGGCGGAGCAGAUCCUCCGGGAGGCCCGGGAGCGGCAGGAGCCCGAGAUACGCCCGCCCAAGCAGAAGAUCACAGACACCCACGAGCUCGCCGAGUACCGCCUCCGCAAGCGGAAGGAGUUCGAGGACGUCAUCCGCCGCGUGCGGUGGAGCGUCUCGGCGUGGGUCAAGUACGCGCGGUGGGAGGAGCAGCAGCGGGACUUCGCGCGCGCGCGGUCCGUCUACGAGCGCGCGCUCGACGUCGCCCACCGCGACCACACGCUCUGGCUCAAGUAUGCCGAGUUCGAGAUGCGGAACCGGUUCGUCAACCACGCCAGGAACGUCUGGGACCGUGCGGUGUCGCUCCUCCCGCGGGUCGACCAGCUAUGGUACAAGUACAUCCACAUGGAGGAGCUGCUUGGCGCGGUUGCCAAUGCGCGCCAGGUGUUUGAGCGCUGGAUGGCGUGGCGACCUGACACAGCUGGGUGGAAUUCUUACAUCAAGUUUGAGCUGCGUUAUGGGGAGGUCGAGCGCGCCAGGGCUAUCUAUGAGCGGUUUGUAGCUGAGCAUCCACGGCCAGACACUUUCAUCCGCUACGCUAAGUUUGAGAUGAAGCGUGGUGAAGUAGAGCGGGCACGACGGGUAUAUGAGCGUGCGGCGGACCUGCUUGCGGACGAUGAGGAUGCAGAGGUGCUGUUUGUGGCAUUUGCAGAGUUUGAGGAGAGGUGCCGGGAGGUUGAGCGUGCACGUGCUAUAUACAAACAUGCGCUGGACAGGGUGCCGAAGGGUCGGGCUGAGGAACUGUACAGGAAGUUUCUGGCAUUUGAGAAGCAAUUUGGUGACCGUGAGGGGAUUGAGGAUGCCAUUGUGGGGAAGAGGAGAUUUCAGUAUGAGGAUGAGGUGAGGAAGAACCCACUAAACUAUGACUCAUGGUUUGAUUACAUCCGCCUGGAGGAGAGUGUUGGGAAUAAGGACAGGAUCAGGGAGGUUUAUGAGAGGGCCAUUGCUAAUGUGCCCCCUGCAGAGGAGAAGCGGUAUUGGCAGAGGUAUAUAUUCCUCUGGAUUAACUAUGCACUUUAUGAGGAGCUUGAUGCACAAGACAUGGAACGGACCAGGGAGGUUUACAAGGAAUGCCUGAAGUUGAUUCCACACAAGAAGUUCACGUUCGCAAAGAUAUGGCUCAUGGCAGCCCAGUUUGAGAUAAGACAGAGAAAUCUAAAGGCUGCUCGACAAAUUCUUGGAAAUGCAAUUGGAAUGGCCCCGAAGGGCAAGAUAUUUAAGAAAUAUAUUGAAAUCGAGCUGUAUCUUGGAAACUUUGACCGUUGUAGGACUCUUUACGAGAAAUACAUUGAAUGGUCCCCAGCAAACUGUUAUGCCUGGAGAAAGUAUGCUGAAUUGGAGAAGAACCUUAGUGAGACUGAUCGUGCUCGAUCAAUAUACGAACUUGCUAUUGCACAGCCAGCCCUUGAUACGCCAGAGGUUCUGUGGAAGGAGUACCUGCAAUUUGAAAUUGAUGAAAGUGAAUUUGGUAGGGCAAGGGAUCUAUAUGAAAGACUGCUUGAGAGAACAAAGCAUUUGAAGGUAUGGAUCAGUUUUGCUGAGUUCGAGGCCUCAGCUGGCUUGGGCAGUGAAGACAGCGAAAGUGAGGAGAAAAAGAGUGAAGUUGGUUAUCAGGAGCAGCAGAUGGAGCGGAUUAGCAAAUGUAGAGCUAUCUUUGAAAGGGCAUUCGACUACUUCAGAACCAGUGCCCCAGAGUUGAAGGAGGAAAGAGCUAUGCUUCUUGAAGAAUGGCUUAGUAAGGAGGUGAGCUUCGGUGAUCUUGGUGAUGUCAGCUUAGUGCAGAAGAAGGCUCCAAGAAAAGUCAAGCGGAAGAGACCAAUCCCUACGGAAGAUGGAUCCACCAUAGCGUAUGAGGAGUAUAUAGAUUACAUUUUCCCUGAUGAAGUUGCUCAAGCACCAAACCUGAAGAUCCUAGAAGCUGCUUACAAAUGGAAGAAGCAGAAAACUGGCGAUGAUGAUGAGUGAUCUUGACAUCUGAGUGUGGCAUUGUCAUAUCUAUUUUGCGGCAGCCAAAAUCAGAUGUAAAGCAUAUGCAAUGCUGUGGAUAGAGUUACAAGAACGGGAAUGAUCAAUUUCUUGAUGUCACAGGUGCUAAGGAUGCUCUUGCUGUGGAAAAGAAUCCCGAGAAUCCCUUUAGUCUAAAACAGCACUGGGAUUUCCUUUGACGUGUGAUUGUUUUGGCAAAACUAGGGGGAAAAUGACCAUAUUCUUCUCGUAGGCACUUUUUGUAAAUCUUGUAAACUCACAAGUAGUGCUGUCAUAGUUUUUCCCAUCUGCUAUUCAUAUUGUAUCACUUUUUGUAUUCAAAUAUGUAUUUCCGCUGACCAAAAAAGAAGUGGUGGAAGGUUUAAGGCUGAGUUUUCUUAGUUC